AUGCAUAUAUAUAUAUAUAUACAUACAUUUAUUUAGAUAUCGUAGCGACAUCUCAGGAAUUCUUACAUUUUAUAGGUUAAUUGAUAGCAUAGGUUAGGUAUAUUGAACAUUGAUGUAAACAAAUUGGCGAAAUAGCAAUAUGAUCGUAUAGUUUUUUGUGAUCACGUUUUAUCUCGUGAUUUUUGACGCAUUUAAUGUUAUAUCUCAAUGGCAGUUUUACAUCGUGCAUUAUUUACUUGGUUCAAUCUUUUAAUUUUCUUGAUUUUACUUGUUAUAAGACUUGAUCAGAGAAUACAAUGGAAUUGGUUUAUAGUUUUCAUUCCGAUGUGGUUGUACGAUCAGAUACUUUUGAUUUACAUUGUUUUUAAUAUGGUAUCUCAUUUCAAAAAUGGACUUGUUGUUAAUUUACGUCGGGAAGCAUGGUACAUGACAGCUGUAUUUAUGAAAUUAACUGCUCAAAUUUUAAUAUGUUUAAAAUUGGAAGCUUCUCAUUGGUUUUUACCAGCAAAAAUUGUUCUGGCACCAUUCUGGGUUCUUCUUCCAGCAUUGGCAGUUGAUGUUUUUGUACAUCUUAUUCAACAUGACCAGUAUUGA